GCUACAUAUUAACCUUGACUUGUUUCACUUUAAAUAAAAAAAAUUAACAAAAUUACUUCUUUAGAGUAUUUUCUCCAGUGAUCAAUACCAAUGGUUCUUAAAUCGCUAACAUAAACUUCUUCUUCUAAUUAAUAUGUUUAAAUUCCCAUUUUUUAAAAUUUACAAAUAUCUUGAAAUUUCCCUUUUUUUCUACCUAUAGUGUGUUAUAUUACUUAUUUAACAGCCGGUACGAAUUCUACAUUUUAGUGUUGACCAAUUGUAAGCAACCUUUAAAAAGAAACUGCAAUUUGUAAAUUUAAAAUUAUUUUUAAAGUCUUACUAAGGACUUUUCGAUUUUCAAUAAUCUGAAUUGUUCCAUAUGUGGCUGAUGUCAGAUAGGUAGAAUAUUUCAAGACUGAAGAAGGAUUGCACGUUGAACUUUAAUGAGAAUAUGAAAAUGGAUUUUCGAUUUUUGCAAAAUCUUGAAUGUCUGCAAAUAUUGAUAAUAAUGACUUCUGUCGCUGUUUUUACUGUUGGAUUUGAGCUUUACGAAGGAGAACUAUGUGAGUUGGAAAAUAAAGAAAAGGGAAUCUGCAAAAAUAUAACAAAGUGUCCUCAAAAGUUAAAAGAAACAUAUGAAGGGAAUCGAAAUCAUGAAUCUAGGGAUCACUGUAAUUUUGAGAAAGAGAUAGAAGUUGUUUGUUGUCCCUUAAAUAUUGGUGGAAAAUUGCAUUCUCGCAUUGCUGAUACAGCUUGUCAUCAGAUUGAGACUGAAAUUAUUGAAGCGAUCGGAAUUGAAUCUUUCAUUAUUGGAGGUAAAGCGGCAUCCGCAGGCGAAUUUCCUUUUUUGGUCGCUUUAGGAUACGGAAGAAAAAGUGAUGAUAGUUCCUUAAAAUAUUUAUGUGGCGGAUCUUUAAUCUCAAAAAAUUUCGUAUUAACAGCUGCACAUUGUGUAAUUAAUGUUCAAGGCCUGGUUCCUGUGGAAGUUCGAUUGGGUUCCGAAAAUUUAAAUGACACAUCCGCAGUAGUACAACGUAUACCAAUUGAGAAAAUUUUUCCUCAUCCAAAUUUCACCGUUGCUUCGAAUUAUUACGAUAUUGCUCUGCUGAAAUUAAAAAGUUCGGUCCGAAUUUCUGAAACAGUGAUGCCAAUUUGUCUUCAGACGACUCCUGUCUUGAUGAUAAAUCCCAGCAUAAAAGCUUCAUUCUUAGUUACUGGUUUCGGGGCUACCAGUUUUGAAGAUGAUGGUUCUCUAAUACUAAUGAAGACUGCCGAUUUGAGUCUCGUCGAUAGAUCUACUUGUAACGACAUGUACAAAGGAGUUAGAAAACUACCGAACGGAAUAGAUGAGAACAUGUUAUGUUACAUAGAUUUGAACAAAACUAGACAAUCGGAUGCCUGCCAAGGUGACAGUGGUGGUCCUUUAUUAAUGAGAGUGAAUAAGACUUCUACAAUCAUCGGUAUAACUUCAUUUGGAUAUGGUUGUGGCGGUUUCAUUCCAGGAGUUUAUACUGCAGUCUAUCCUUUCCUGGAUUGGCUUGAAUCCAUAGUUUGGGAAAAUGGCAAGCCAACAUUGCCCAUCUGGUCUCAAAUUUAGGCCCAUUCCUAUAUGUAAGUACAUAAUUA